CAAAAGCUUACACCAAAUUAAAUACAAUGUCUUCGAGUUCCAAUGCUCCAGGCUUUGAUUAUAAUCGAUGGGUGAUUAACAUCCGUCGAACACUAGAGUCAGAGCUUGAAGACGACAAUGAGAUCCCCGUUAGUAUUUUCAAUGUCCCCAAAACCCUUUUAUCAUGCGAUCCAGAUGCAUACACCCCACAGCUGGUCGCCAUAGGUCCUUAUCAUUACUGGCGUCCCGAGCUGUACGAUAUGGAGAGAUAUAAGAUCGAUGCUGCCAAAAGAACACAGAAAAAUCUCGUCAACAAUCUCCAGUUCGAUGAUCUCGUCGAGCAACUUCAGAGGCUGGCGCCGAAGAUCCGAGCGUGUUACCACAAGUUGCUCGACUUCAGCAAUGAAACUUUGUGUUGGAUGUUAGCGAUUGACGCUUCCUUGUUGCUUGAGUUCCUUCAAAUCUAUGCCAUGAAAGAAUGUAAGAUGCUCACCAGGGUUUCUUCAAGGAUGUCGCAUUUGGUUGAUUAUGCAGGUCGAAAAUCUGCCCAUAACGCGAUUCUCAGAGAUAUAAUGAUGCUGGAGAAUCAAAUUCCUCUGUUUGUGUUGAGAAAGAUGCUGGAAGUUCAAUCCGCAUCGCUUGAACGAGCUGAUGAUCUGUUGCUGUCGAUGGUAACGGGACUAUGCAAGGAGCUUUGUCCUUUCAAGAUGAUGAAGGUAUUUCCCAAGAUCCAUCAUUUGGAAACAUCUCACUUGCUUGAUUGUUUAUAUGAUAUGGUCGUCCCUAAGCUCCAAAUUCGAACGAUUUCCGAGAUAUCCGAGCUUGAAGAUCCAAAUGAAGCCAUGAAAUGCACACAAGGUUCAUCCGAGGACGACCCUGGUUACAUUAAGAAACUCCUAUGUGCCACAUGGAAAAUGUUAUCAAAGAUAAACAAAGGUCCACUACGUCUCAUCAAGAAAAUCUUAACUUCAAAGCCAAUCAGAUUCAUAUUCAAAUUGCCUUGGAUAAUCCUCACUAAACUUCCAGGCUUUUCAAUCUUGAAACAACCUGUGGAGCUUUUCCUCAAUGGAGCAGACAGUGAAGACAGCAAAUCAGAAGAGGGUUCGGGCGGUGCUGACAAGCCACCGCUAGUGGAAGAGAUCGCAAUUCCUUCAGUUACUGAACUUUCAGACUCCGGGGUUCGUUUUUCGGCCACCACAGGCAAUAUCUCAACCAUUUGUUUCGAUUCCAAGAAUUGCACUUUGCACCUUCCGACCAUCAGCUUAGAUGUGAACACUGAGGUGAUCUUGAGGAACUUAGUGGCGUACGAAGCAUCGAAUGCUUCGGGGCCAUUGGUUUUCACUCGUUACACUGAGUUGAUGAAUGGGAUCAUCGAUACGGAAGAAGAUGUGAAGCUGCUGAGAGAGGGGGGGAUCAUUUUGAAUCACAUGAAGAGCGAUGGAGAAGCGGCUGAUCUUUGGAACGGGAUGAGCAAGUCAAUCAGGUUAACCAAAGUGCCUUUCCUUGACAAGACGAUCGAAGAGGUCGACAAAUAUCACAAUGGACGAUGGAACAUCAAAGCUAAAAACAUGAUGAAAUCUUAUGUGUUCGGUUCUUGGCAGAUUCUCACUUUUUUUGCUGCAAUUUUUCUCUUGUUGUUGAUGUCACUGCAAGCUUUUUGCUCGGUAUAUAGUUGGAGUCGCAUAUUCAAUAUCGACACCAAUGCCAGCGACUGA